CACAUGCAUCCUGCAACUCUCGACUUUUCUACAUUCUACAUUCUUAGCCAAGGGUCAUCAUAAUUGGCCGUCAAUCUUGGAUAUAAUAUUUCUUAUCACACCUUCAUACCCUACAUAGUUCCGACCAUGGAUCUGCUUUCGACUAUCCGCAAGACCGGCUCCAGAGGUGGCGUAAACUUUAGCUGGGACGAAGUCGCCAACUCCAACCACCGCGAAAACUAUCUCGGCCACAGCCUCAAGGCGCCAGUUGGACGAUGGGCCAAGGGCCGGGAUUUGAACUGGUACGCCAAGUCGGACGCCACAGCGGCAGAAUCGGCCGAGACAGACGAAGAGCGCAAAGAUCGCGAACAAAAAGAAGAGCUGCGCAAGAUCAAGGAGGCGGAAGAAGACGCAAUCGCCAAAGCACUGGGUUUGCCGCCUCCUCUACGAAACUCAUCCGGAGCGAAUGCUAUCGAAGUUGAGCCCAAGCGACAAGUAGGUCCCGCCAGUGGACCGCCGAGAGAUGAGGCGAAGCCGGAGAGGUCAAGACGACAUGGCGAUGACAGGAGAGAGCGAAGAAGACACAGAAGUAGGAGCAGGAGCAGGAGUCCUGAUAAGCGACGCGAUAGAGACUACCGACGGCGCAGUCGUGAUCGAGCUGAGGGACGGGACGAACGCGACCGAGAUCGGGAUCGUGAGCGCCGACACCGCCGAGAUCGCGAUAGGAGCCGAAGCAGAGAUCGGCGCGACAAUAGGCGGGAAGAUCGGGAGGAUGGGAAAGGGGAUAGGCGAGGUGAAAGACGACAGAGAGACAGGAGCAGGCAACGACAUCGAUCUCGAUCUAGGGAGCAUAGACGACGAAGCCCUGGGCCAAGCUCGCGCCGAGAAGAUUAGACUGGAAGACAUGUCAUGUUUGCUGGCGUUUGGUACUUGAUUGUAAUAAACAAUGAUACCCAAUACAUAUUACACAACUUAGCUGCAGGCAUUGUGAUAUAUCAAUUUCUGCUGCCUUUACGAAGUAUACUACCAAUAAUAGAGCGCUCCUGACUGAUACGGGGGCUCUGAAUUCUUAUCCAAUCUUAUUCAUUCCUCAUUAUCGCUUCGGCCUAACACAGGUACCUAUAGAUAGGUACCUUAUACUGGGGU